AAAAGCUACUUCAACAACAUCUUCAGGGCAGACCCCAAUGUGUUCAGCACACCCCCAUUUUGCAAGGACACCAAGCUAGAGGCUACCGAGGAUGCUGGUCCUGCUGCCAGUCGGCUGUCUUCACUGUGGGUCUUCCUCCGUCACGUCCCCUGAUGGUAGCCCCCUCCACAGACCUGGUUCCUUCCUCCGCCUCCACAUGCCUCUCUGGUGGCUCUCGCUUCUGGCUCUGCACCUGUCUGUAGGUGUGCGUCUGGCAGGGGCGGCGGUGUCGGACAGCUUCAAAGAGUGCAGCCAGUUCUUUUACAUGCGCACGGCACCCACGGGCAUCCGAGGAGGUAGCCUACGAAGGAUAUGCCAGCGCUACGAUGACAAGCCGCGGUACGCCACCCUAUACGACGCCAGACAUCGCUCGGCCGUCUUCUCGGCGUACACAUUCAAGAAGACGGACGGCAGGAGUCGCAUGGACACGCCAUGGAUGUAUGAACCACAGUUAGCUUCUGCAAACGAGAACGGAAACAUGCGGACGCUGGCCCUUAGUGACGACGCCGACCCGCUCAUUGAGGAGAGCCAGGCGCUGCUGACCGACUACACCGACGCCGUAGAGUACGAGCGCGGCCCGCUCAACCCUGACCAGCACCAGUCCAGCAGCCCCGACAAGGCCUCCACCUACACGCUCACCAACGUGGUGCCGCUGAUCGUCGACUUCCUGGAGGGGCCCUGGACCACCUACACGCAUGUGGUCCGCCGCCGCCUCAACAACUUCUGCCUCGGACCCGCCUACGUGGUCACUGGGGUGACCGUCUCCGGGCUCAGCAUCCACAGGGGGAAAGAGACCCGGUUGGCCGUCCCGAAUCAGGUGUGGUCGGCGUACUGCUGCCCGCGGUACGACCGCAACGCCCCGUACGAGGUGCGCUUCAUGUUCCCCACCUACGCGGCGUAUGGACUCAACCAGGGUGGACAGGCCGUGCUGGAGGUGCCACUGAAGACUCUGGAGAGCCUCCUGAAGAACCACAUGGGCAUGGAAUCUGACCUGGCGCUCUUCCACAGAGACUGCGUGUCAGAGAACACAGCCAAGAAGAAGAAAUAGUGUUUGUUUGUGAGUGAGAGUGAGAGACAGAGAAAGAGGGGGAGAGAGAGAAAUCUGAACUUUGAGCCACUUGAACAAUGUGGAUUUUAAUUGUCUUUGCAACACUAUUCUAUUGCGUUUUAAAACUAUGGCAUGGCCAUCUCACCUACAUCCAUUUAUACAAUUUCUGAGACUAUUUUCUUCAUAAUGUACCCAGUUGUAUCAUUGUUUUAACCUCACAAGUAUACAAAUGAAAAAUUAUUAUGUGGUUCUAUGAGGGAAGACAUUUCUGAUAGUAAGUAAAUGGAAUGACGUAAUGCACAGUUAGAAUGUGUGAGCAGAAUUUGCAUAUCUAUCUAGAGCUGCAAGUCCUGAGCAAUUCCAGCACUGUCAAUGGACUUCUGUUCUUCACUUCAGUAAGUUGACUGGCUGGAAAUGUUUAUGGGUCUGUGUCCAUAGUGUUUAUGUUGAUUGUAGUCCUCACCUUUAAAUGUACAACCUCCUUUAAAGGUGCAGUGGGAAUUUUUCUUGUCAAGACACUGAAAACAUUUCCUGGAUUGACUAUGAUGUGAAUAAGAGAAACAAUGCAACACUGCUCACUUAAUGGACCAACCGGUUUAAUGAGCUGAUGUUUCGGUCAGUCAGACCUUCAUCAGAAAACAUCAAAGAUUUUCUCCUAG